AUGGCCUGGAGGUCGACCAUCAUAAACAAAUUCAAACACUUAAUGGACAGUGACUCAGGUCUACUUCAGAUCUUUGGUAACACAGUGCUCUCUCUAUUCCUUCAUGGAUUUGAAACCCUAAUGGAAAAGGAGAUAGACUGUCCCUAUGAUCAAAAAUCAAAUGACAAAUACAUCUUUGUGACAUUCAUCACCCCUGUAAUUGUGUUGUUUCUCAUUUGUUUCCUGCUUCAAAGAAACUUAUUGAAACGAUAUUGUGAGCACAAGCUGUGCUGCUCAUCUGUCACUUUGGUGUUAAAAGCAUCAACUCCAGCAACAAUAUGGAUUGUUCUACUCUUCCUGGAUGGCGAUUACUAUGCCUGCUCAAAUCUAAUUGGGAAAAAUGGAACUGUGUGCAGAUCUAAAUGCAGUGAGAAACCCUGUGCAACUCUACAAGAUUUCUGCAUUAAAUCACAAGUCAUCGGUGGCAUAAUAUUGGUCGUAUUUUUGGUUAUACUUUCACUUGUCCACUAUCUUCGUUGCAAACGUAGUGACCAGAUAAAUGUCUAUCAGUUGGAGUAUGAUUACAUGCGUGAAAAGGAGGAGGGAAAUCUGAUGAGGGACAAAUUGAAAAGGAAAGCGCUUGAAAUCGCAAACACCCAAAGUGAAGAGAUUAUGUCAGAGAUGUUCAACACAACUCCAACUGCCUCUGAGCAUCAAACUCGACACAGUGAAAGUAUUCCACUGAAUGAAAGACAGCAAGAAAGCUCUGAAGGAUAAUUCACAACACCCCGGGGCAGCCAACAGAAUGGACUCUAUGAUGAACAGUGUUGAGAGUGUGGCGCUGGAAAAGCACUGCCGGUCAGGCAGCAUCCGAGGAGCAGGAGAAUCAACAUUUCCGGCAUAAGGCCUUCAUCAGGAAUGAUGAACAGGCCCAUCACAAAUUAACAUCUCAGUUAACAAUUUGUAAAUGAUCGAUUUCCAAUUCUAUUCUGUGUGAAGGCAGGAGGAUCCAAAGCAAGAGCUCCUUUAUGUCCAAUCAUUUCCCGAAGACUGUGUUAUACGUAUAUUGAAAGUGGGCAUUAAAAAACCUUAUAAUCAGUGAAAACAAUCAACCAAGAUUUUUCUGUACCCCAGCUGCAGGGAAUAGAGGAGCAAGUUUGCCAGUAAAUUAUCGAGAGGUGCAAGCAUUUUAGAAUACUUAUAAUGAUGGAUUGUAAUUACCUGAAUAUAGAUGGGAUACAUAAUAUUGAGGGCAGAGUGGGGCAGCAUGUGUAGAAGAGAAUGUUUGCGUAUGACAGGUGACUUAAAUCUGUCAAGGUGCUGAAACAAGGACGCCGGUGUGACUAUUGUAUGCGUGUUGUUUUGGGACGGCGAACAGGGUGUCUAUACCAGUCAUCAAGCAUUUAUCUACUAUUUUCCAGCUCUUAGUCCUUAGCUUUGCAUGCUCAAUCGUUCAUCUAAACAUUUUGAAAAUGUUGUGAUAAUCUCUGGCACUACCAUUCUUUGAGACAUUUCCAGGUACCAAACACCCCUGGGUGAAAAAUACAUUCUUCUUAGGUCCACUAUAAACCUCCUAGCCCUUACUUUAAAUGUAUAUUCCCCAGGGAUUGAUUUUUUUCUGAAAAGUAAAUUUAUUUUGACCCUAUCUACACCACACAUUAACUCUGUACACCUCAACAGCCACUCUCUCAUUGGCGAGAGAUGAGUGCUGAGAGUUUAUCCUGAGGGUCAACAUGCCCCAGGCAAGGGGAAAGGCUGAAAAGGGGAGUCUCUCAUAGUAACUUCAGUUGGUGCAGGAAUUGAACCCAUGAUAUUGGUAUCACUGCAUUACAAUCCAGCAGUUAAGCCAACUGACAUCCUUCAAUUCAAUGUGCCAGGAGUGGGUUUUGGUGAUGAUACAAAUGCUGUUUUACUUUUCAUUUAAUAAAGAAGUGUUUUGUAAUGGAAUUGAACUUCAA